AUGUCCACCGAGAACUACGACCCGUACUACCCCGACCAGCCGGUGGUCGACCAGUACCUCCCGGUAUGGGCCAGGCAGCCGGCAUUCGGCCCCAAGCCCGCCUUCGUCUGGGCCGACGAUGACGACCGGCGCGCCGGCACGCCGUCGUACGCCGCGUUGACGUACUCCGAGCUGAACGCCGCCGUGCAACGCAUGGCUCGCGGCCUCCUCGAGACCGUGCGCAGGGGCGACACCGUCCUCCUGCUCGCCUCGCCGGGCCUCCGACUGGUCAAGUUCAUCUUCGCGUGCCAGCGCGCGGGGCUCGUCGCAGUGCCCAUCGUACCGCCCGACCCGUCCAAGAUUGGCACAGCGACCCAGGGCGCGGCUCACCGCCACCUCCUGCGCGCCGUGUCGCAGACGAGGCCGGCCGCCGCGGUCGCCGACGCGGGGUACAUUGGCGCGGUCAUGAACUCGCCGGUCGCCGCGCUGAAGCGUCUGCGGUGGGUGUCGGUAGGUGACUUGGAGUGCCACCGGGGUUCGGGUGAUGACGCGGCUGCCGGUGACGAGCCGGGACGAACGACGGGCUACGGGGGCUGCGCGCCGGGCGAGACGUACCUGAUCCAGUACACGUCGGGCGCGACCGGCGCCCCGAAGCCCGUCGUGGUCACCGCGGGCGCCGCAGCGCACAACGUGCGCGCGGCGAGGAAGGCCUACGACCUCCACCCGGGCAGCGUCAUCGCGUCGUGGCUGCCGCAGUACCACGACUGCGGCCUCAUGUUCCUUCUCCUCACCGUUGUCGCAGGCGCCACCUGCGUGCUCGCCUCGCCCGCGGCCUUCGUCCGGCGACCGCGCCUCUGGCUCGAGCUCAUCUCCGAGUUCAGGGCCACUUGCACGCCGGUCCCGUCGUUCGCGCUGCCGCUGGUGCUCAAGCGAGGACGUCCGGAGCACGGGACGCGGCCGCUCGACCUCGGCAGCUUACGGAACCUUAUCCUGGUAAACGAACCCAUCUACAAGUCACCGGUCGACGAGUUCGUGGAAGUGUUUGGCCGUGCUGGGCUCGACGCGGCGUCCAUCUCGCCGUCCUUCGGGCUAGCCGAGAACUGCACGUUCGUGUCCACCGCGUGGCGCGGAACGGAAGCAAGACUUUGGACUGGCCAGCUGAGCCUCCCGUCGUACAAGAAGCUGUUGCCGUCCGCCAGGCUGCCGUCCCUGGCGUCUUCCGGCGAGGAGCCGGAGAUCGACAUCGUCCUCGUUGACGGACAUACUGGAGACCCCGUUGCGGACGGCGUCGAGGGGGAGAUCUGGGUGUCCUCGCCGAGCAACGCGUCGGGGUACCUCGGGAACCCGUCAGCGAGCCACCAGGUGUUCUGCGCCAGGCUGCCCGGCGGGAGAGCCGGCGGCGCGAUCUUCGUGCGCACGGGCGAUUGCGGCGUGGUGCGCGGAACGGAGCGGUAUCUCUACGUGCUCGGCCGGAGCUCGGACGCCAUCGCCACCGACGGGCAACGGCGGCGCGUGCACGCGCACUACGUCGAGACGGCGGCUUUCGACAGCUCGGCGGAUUCGCUGAGAGGAGGCUGCAUCGCCGCCUUCGCCACGUCGCCGUCGUCCGUGGCGGUCGUGGCAGAGCUCCAAAAGGGAAGAGGCAACAGUGCGCAUCCGGGUAGCAUCUGCGACGGCAUAAGACGAGCCGUGUGGGAAGAAGAAGGCGUAAAGGUCGGGCACGUCGUGCUGGCCGAGAGCGGCGGCGUGCCGAAGACUACGUCGGGGAAGCUGCGACGAGGCUUGGCGAGGGAGAUGCUCGCCGGCAGACUGAUCCCCAAGGUUUUCGAGGUGCUCUAUGACCAAAACGCCACGUGCGUACGGGGCGGCGGCGAUGACAUGGAGGUGUGUGGGACGAGUUGGGUGGUAGGGGAGGCCGGAGGGGAGGUUGCUGGCAUGGUCGUCAUGGCCAGCGGGAGUGCUAGUCACCGCCUGCGUUUGCAAUCGUCUCUCUGAAGCUUGCUUGUACAACUGAGUGUUGUUGAGUGUGAAUUGUGCGGCCAUUUUUAUCCUUUUGCUUCCGCAUGUACGUAGAACAAUCGUUCUACGACUGAAUACAGGUAUCCGUGUAA